AUGAACUCAGUAGCUGGCUCCGUGGAGGCAGAAGAUUGGUUGGACAUAUCGGAAUCGCUCUCUCUGCCUUCACUUUCUUUAGAUGACGUUCUUAAUGAGGUAACUCUCAGGAACUUACUUAUAUCGAAUCACAAAGCCACAAAUUACUCUCUUUCAGAUUCGAUUAGCCAUCAAUUAGUAUCUUUUCGACCAAAGAAUGGAUCUGCUGUUGCAGUCGCAUAUAGUGGAGGCUACAUCGCUGUAGUAACAAGCAAAGGCUCGUUAUUGCUUUUUGAUGCCGAGGGUCGGUUGGAGCGUUUUCGACACGGGAACGAACUGGAUGGCUCGGCUUCGUGUGUCGCAUUUUCUGAUGGUGGAGGGCAUAUUGCUGUUGGAUAUAGUAAAGGUUUUAUUAUAAAUACUAAAAGUGGUGCUGUAGAACAGGUAAUACAAGAGGCAGUGCAAUUAGGACGAGGGGUUUUGGAGAUCUUGUAUCUCGGCUCUCGUCGAACCAUUUUGUCCCUCGACAGUGGCGGAUCGGUUUUCGAGAUCAAUACACGACAUAAGUUCCGGAUCGGAGGAAAAUCACGCAUUCGAUGUGUGUUUUCCGGCUGCAAUGGGGAAGUCAUCCACAUGCGUUUGCUACCCUACUCUCUAUUAGCUUUACUCACAGUGUCCAAAUGUCCUUCCCUUGUUAUUAUCAUGAUUUUUGAUAGAAAGGCAACUUUUGGAUUGCAGGAUAAGAAUGGAGAGCACAAGCUUCUCCGUAUCUGCGUCGGACGUGGUAGCUGCUUGAGCAUAUUUAGGUUCAAUCCCCAAUAUAUUGGCACAAAAAGGAAGGCUGCCAUGUUUGUUUACAAGAUCAACUUAGCACAGGUAUGUUCUCUGUUAGGUUUAACAACGGGGGGUAAUGUUAGCCCAGCUAUGCAAUGCUUGGCAGAUAGGGCAUGCUAUCAAGCACUUUGCCGAAAAGGCUCACCUGAUACUUUGAUCGCACUAUCGCAUGACGAGUUAUUUGAGCUGACCCUUUUAUCCGAAGAUGAUCAGUUGGAGUUGUUUAACUCGAGGUUAUAUUAUUUCAGAGGUGAUUUCAUAUCCGCCUGUUACUAUCUGUUCGAUAUUCAUCGCGGUCGGAUAUUAGCCGAGCCGAAGUUCCUGGAACGUCUUCCAAAUCUUCUCACUGAGCAGAUGAAGCGGCUCGUUGAUCUGGCCAUGGGCGGUUGUAAAGAAGGAAAAGUAUCUGAUCUUAUAGCGCAUUACAAAACUUAUAUCUCAAUUCUUUUGACCGUUAGCGUGGGAACACAACUUGUGCAUUUCUCAGCUUUAAUAAUAAUUGGUUUCAGAGUAGAACGUGAUAUGUUGUCUCGCUACAUAUUUCUUGAAUCACUUGAUGAGUUUGUAUUGGAUGGAACAUUGGAGUCACCUCCUCCAGCAUUAGUUUCGGCCUACAUCACCCAUUUGGCAUCGGAAGGGCAUUUCUCGCAGUUGCAGGCUUCAGUUGUUCGGUUUCCCAUACAAUCAAUUGAUCUGCAUUAUGUGAUGUCAACAUGCAGACAGAAUGGCCUUUAUGAUGGAAUUAUUUACGUGAUGAACAAAGCUCUUGGGGAUUAUCUUUCACCGUUAGAGGAAAUGUUGAGCGAUGUAUCAUCCUUUGCUUCUAAUGAAGUACUGUCAGAUUCUGAAGUAGAGCGUGGUAAUCGUCUACUGUUGUAUUUACACUGUUGUCUUGCUGGCCAUGCGUAUCCUUACGGUCUUUUACCACCAGAACAACUGUCUACUGUGCCUCUCCAGGUUUAUCGUUGUAUCACUUCUUUGAAAGGCAAGGAUGGUACUUCUUCUGAUGAAUCAUAUCCGUAUCUCAGGCUUUUGCUCCUUUUUGAUGCUCAACAGUUUACUCAUGUAAUCCGUACCUGUGCUGAUGCGCCGAUCUUUCAAAGUGAAGGAAGAUUACAGCGCCUCGUUGAAAAUAUCGGUCGGCUCUCAAUGGAACUUCGAAAUGAGUCUGCUCUAGUGCACUUUCUACUUCUGAUCAGUCAGUUGGUGGACAUUAGUGGUGUGAUCACUCCCGUCGAGAUUGUUGAGGACGUUGUUACAACAUUGAUGCGAAUGAAGUGGCAGCAUUCUUCAGCAGAACUAGCUAUUGUCGAAACUUUGAAAGCAGUACCGCCAAUAAACAGAGAAGCCGUUCUUCGAAUGGCAUCUUCCCCCAUGAGGAAGGAAAUAUGCACGUUCAUUUAUUGUGAUGAAAGGAAAUUUGUGGAUCUCAUCAAUUGUUACUUACGCGAUGCAGAAAACGAGGUUAGAAUUCCAUGCCUCGGUAGCGCUGCUGAAUUUGUGCUAAAAUACCACAGCAUGGAAUGUUGUGUUAAGGUAGCUCGGGUUGAAGCUGUCCUUACUUCCACUUACUAUGGGAAUACAAUGAGGGUUUUUAGACGAGAAAAACAAGAAACGUUCUUGCAAAUGGAUGAGGAUAUUGAAGAACAUCUCUUUGGCACUGUGUUCGAGGGAACUUCUGAAGCAAUGUUGUCACUUGAGAAACCAUUUGACUUGCUCCUGUAUUGGUUACCAACGGGUUCACGUACAGAUUUCUGUUUGAAUCUCGCCGCUGCAGCUGACUGCACCAACACUACCAUUUUAUUAAUGGAGACACGUAAUCGCCUGGAUGACGCCUUCGAAAUAUUGUUCAAGCAAAUUGCAGAAAGCCAGGGUGACCAUUCAGCGGAUGUUUCAGUGCUUUGGCUGGAUAAGGGCUUGUCGUUCUGCAGUCGUCACACAAGUUCUGCACAUUCGAAGGAAUGGCUUAUUCGAAUAAUGCGUAAGGUUACGCGGGCUGAGAAGGAAAAAGAAAUCCAGAAGUGCAUGAUUUUUCUGUUUGCAGACAUGGAAAUCCGCCUGCAGUCCUUAGCAAGUGGUAUUCUGGAGAACGGUUCUGAACAUUCCCUAGAGCUUGUUGAAUGUCUUUUGGACUACCCUGCCUUCAAGAACGGUCUUUUCAGGUCUGCAUUAUGUCAACUGUAA